CUAGUUUUCUUGGCGGAAGUUUUCCUCUCGUAUCAUUCUAUAAUGUAUUGCGUGUUUCUUAACGCCGUUUACGAUCUUCUUCUGCAGUAUUGGUGGAUAUUGUUCGUAAUGACAAUAGGCACAGUGGCAUCAGUGUUUGCUAAAAAGCUUCAAAUCGCACAAAACAUUCUCUACAAGGUUGACAAAGCGUCACUGAGAAACGGUGGAGACCUGGUGGCUGACGUUCUCAAGGCUCAUGAUGUGAAGUUCCUGUUCACACUCACCGGGGGCCAUAUAUCACCGAUUUUGGUGGCUGCAGAGAGAGAAGGAAUAAGAGUCGUCGACACACGACAUGAGGCAUCAGCAGUCUUCGCCGCGGAUGCUGUUGCACGGCUGUGUGGCAACAUUGGCGUGGCAGCAGUCACGGCUGGCCCUGGUCUUACCAACACAGUAACUGCAGUAAAGAAUGCUCAAAUGGCGGAAUCGCCGGUGUUGCUCCUUGGUGGGGCAGCAGCAACUGCCGUUCAGGGUAGAGGUGCUCUGCAAGAUAUUGAUCAGCUGUCACUGUUCAGUUCACUGUGCAAAUACACAGCCACCGUAAAGACAGUUCGUGACAUUAUUCCAACGCUCCGCAAAGCCAUUCAAGUCGCUCAGUCUGAUACUCCAGGUCCAGUGUUUGUGGAGCUUCCUAUUGACGUACUGUACCCUUACCCAACUGUGCAAACAGAGGUUGGGUUCAAAGGGACUCCGAAAGGCCUGGCGCAAAAGCUCGUUAAAUGGUACCUGGACUUCUACCUCCACAAUUUAUUUGCAGGUGCCUUUUUGCCCAAGGAUGUUUCCUCUCUUCCAGUUUCUGUGCCUCUUCCAAAGCCCGCACAAGUUCAAAGGUGUGCAGAGAUUCUAUCGAAGGCAAAGAAGCCAGUCAUCAUCUUAGGAAGCCAGUCUACUUUGCCCCCUACACCAGUAUCUAAGCUUCAGAAAGAUGUAGAGCGUUUGGGGAUUCCAUGUUUCCUUGGAGGUAUGGCACGGGGACUUCUGGGACGAAACAGUCGCCUACAAAUGCGUCACUGCCGUCGAGACGCCCUCGCGGAAGCAGACGUGGUGAUCUUGGCUGGUGCCGUCUGUGAUUUCCGCUUAUCUUACGGCCGUGUAUUGAGCCGCAAGUCUCGCAUAAUCGCCGUAAACCGCAACAAGGAUCAGCUGUAUAAGAACUCUGAUGCAUUUUGGAAGCCAACUGUAGCAAUUCAAGCAGACGUAGCAUCCUUUAUCUCAGCAUUAGUAGAUGCACUUCCAGCAUACAGUUGCGAUGAGUCUUGGCUGGAGACAUUGCGUAACAAAGACAAUGUGAAAGAAACAUCAAACAGGUCUAUGGCACAACUUGAUGUUGAUCAACACCUUAAUCCGAUGAAAGUACUCAGCGACCUAGAAGAAGUGCUUCCUGACAAUGCGAUAUUGGUUGCUGAUGGUGGUGACUUUGUGGCUACAGCUUCUUACAUUCUCAGACCUAGUGGGCCAUUGCAUUGGCUUGACCCGGGUGCUUUUGGUACAUUGGGUGUUGGCGGAGGUUUUGCGCUGGGAGCCAAACUAUGCCGCCCAGACGCUGAAGUGGUCAUUAUCUAUGGCGACGGAUCUCUAGGCUACUCCAUGCUCGAAUUCGACACCUAUACUAGGCACAAGCUUCCGGUCAUUGCUGUUGUUGGGAAUGAUGCCUGCUGGAUGCAAAUAUCACGGGAGCAAGUGAAGAUGUUCAAGUCCAAUGUGGCCUGUGACUUGGCUUUCUUGGACUACCACAAAUCAGUGGAGGGCCUUGGUGCAAGGGGCAUCAUCGCCACAGCAGCUGACAAAGAUAACAUGAAGGAUAUUUAUACCAAAGCUAGGCAAUUGUAUGCACAAGGACAUAGUGUUUUGAUCAAUUGCCUCAUUGGAAAAACUUCCUUCAGAGAGGGAAGUAUUUCAGUAUGAUGCAAGUGCUUUUUUCUUGUUUUACACCAUGGUGGCAUAUCACAAUGUGCUUGUAUCUAAUGUGCCUUAUGCUUCCUAGUAAUACGUAAGGAUGAUACCAACUUUUCAAGUACCGCAACUCAGAAAUGCCCCCUCGUAUACCAUACCAAACAGUGCCCUUCUCAUGAUCACAUUGUUAUUUACUGAAGUAAAAUAUUUUCUCAAUUUC